GAAGAAUAUGUCUAAUUAUUGAAUAUACUAUAAAUUACAAAAAUGCAACGACACAGCGACGACGAAAACUAUGAAAAUCCAUACGAGCAUGCGAUGAGAUAUGAAAAUAAUGAAGUUACAAUGUCUUCAAGACCACUUCCUUCCAUAAAAUCGCAUGCAAAUCCCAAAAUAAAAAGCCAAGAGAAUCCUACAGUCAGAAACCUUCCAAAUAUGAAGGCAGUAUUGAUACUUUUGAUCGCGUUCGGAUUGAUUACUACUACUUUGUUAACCACUGUGCUAGUCCAACUGAAUAUUCCAAAGCCUAAGAUCAACGAAACAAAUGUGUUAAACAUGAACAACCAACAACAAGUUUCUCACUCGGCCAAAUCAUGCUACGAACUAAAGCAACUUGGAAUCGAGAUUGAUGGAAUUUAUUCCAUAAAGCCGGAAAAUGAUUUUAUGCAAUUUGCGACAUUCUGCGAUAUGAAAACAGACGGCGGUGGGUGGACACUUGUAGCUAGCGUGCACGAAUCUAAUAUUACCCGAAAGUGUGAUGAAAAUGAUAGGUGGGCAAAUUACGUACCAGAAAAGUAUAUUGCCUCUGCAGAGAAAACAAACUGGGAAAACAAGAAAGUUUUCGGUGACGUUAGCAAAUGUACGGAAGAUGACUACAAAAAUUCUGCCUACUACUCUUUGAACGCAAAAGACGUCAUGGUAUGGCACGUACCAUCCUACACCCCAAUCAUGACUAUGAAAGAAAAGGCAAAUUUCCGUUACAGAACAACGAAUCAUUUCUUACAAAACAAUGUGGGAAAUUUACAAAAGAUGUUCGAAGAGAUAUAUCCUUUAAAAGUUAAUCCUGGAAAAUUCAAGGAAAUUUUGUCUAAGCGAAGCGAGUUGGUGUUGAAUGCUUUAGUUAAAAAUUCUGCAAAAAUUAGAACCAACAUUCCAGAUUGGUAUACGUAUUCAGACACCUAUACAGGAAAUACCCGAUACCAAAUAGAAGACAGAGAAAUGUAUAACUCCAAUGGAAAUAGGAUUCAAUUUACUAAUUCAAGAAUUGGGAGAGGUAAUCUGCAAUACGACAAAAAACAUGAAUUUGAAACACACUGGAGACAUACGAUGGUUUGCUUGAAAGCAUCACAACCUUUCAUAUUGGUUACUGCUAUAUCAAACGAAAAUUCAUUCUGCCAAUACUUCUACAUUCAAAUUGAAAGCUAUCGCUAUACAGGCGACACCAUCGAACUGAUACAAAAUAAUAGAACAAAUGGGGAUUACAAAUUGCAAUACAAAGCAGUACAGUACAGCCAACCUUCGUAUGCAACUGUUUGUGAAUUCUAUUUUGUAAUAAGCAACACAGAAGAUUGGAUGUCCAGGCCCCCGACAUCUUUUGAAAGAACUUAUCACUAUGCAUUAUCAGGUGCUACUUGGCGAGCAAACAGAUUUCGAGUUAAUGGGAGUCCUUCGAACAUCGUGAUGGGAUAUUUGCUUCUCACCAGAACUAAAGGGAGAAAAAUUACUUUAUCACAGGCAGAUGGUGUUGCGGAUGAGAUUAUCCGAGCUUUUAUAUCCACCCAUAAUCCUUUUCAAGAAAUUCCUGAUGGCGAAGGACUUGUUGCCCCAGUAACAUUUGACAAAGGAAGCACCAAUGCAAUUUUAGAAACUAUUCCACCAAACUUCAGGUCAAAAGUUGAAGCAGGUUAUUUGGAGUUUCGAGCGUACAAUGUGACUGGAUAUCCGAAUGCAAUGUGUCCAGGCAUCAAAGUGAAAUCAUUCUGGCCAGAAUUUGUUUGCAUUGGUGGAAUAUCUGAACAAAUUGAAGAUGAUGGAACUUGUGGGGAUUUUGCAGGUUGGGCCGGUAAAAGCAAGGAUGUCGUCAAUCGUGAAUAUGCAAGUGGGAAUGCUCACUCCCAAAAAGACAUCUCUUCUACCAUUCUCAUUUUUUAUCGUUAAGUUGACAAAGUGCAAUUUUUUAUGCUCUUUGUUAUGAUCUGCAAAUUAUUAUUAACCCGUCAUUUAUUGAAUUUCUUUUUACCUUCUUAGAUCUGCAUUGCUUAUUAAAAUUAAAAUAUCACAAAAUAAUUUAAAGAAGCUGUGCGGAAAAUUCGUAAAUUAAUAGAGAAAAAAAGUAUUCGUUGCUCACACGAUGUUAUGACAUCAUCAUAUUUUUUUAGCUUUAUCGGUAAUAGUAAAUAUAUCUUAUUUACAAUUCAUUGUCGUUCCUGUAUUUAAUUUUUCUUUGGAGUUUUGAGUUACGCAGGGUGGGCCAGAAGUAGAGUAACAGUCAUGUACUAUUAUUAUAAACUCCGAUAUUUAAAACUAAAUUCUCAUAUCCUAAAUUGACAUAAUUUUCCCUAUUUCUGCUUCUAAAAUAUUGUGUAAAAUAAUAUAUUAUCCGUAAUUUAUUAAAAGUUUUUUGUUUUCUUUAUCUCAUUUCCCAAAUUGACAUAAUUUUCCUC